AUGUCAGAUUACAUGUUUGAUGAUAAUGAUGAUGCGUAUGAUACGCAUUCUUUAGAUUUUGAAGUAUUAUCUAGAGGUGGAGAACCGCAUAUAGAUAACAAAUCUCUUAGAGAUGAAGAACUGCUGCAUAUAGAUAAUGAAUCUUCUAGAGAUAAGGAACUGCUGCACAUAGAUAAUGAAUCUUCUAGAGAUGAGGAACCAUCUCAAAAUAAAGAGCUUCUCAAAAAAAAAAAAACUAAUAAACAGAAAAGAAGCAAUCAAAAUAUCUAUGCGCAUGACUCAUCAACGGGAAAUAUGUUUGGCCAUCUUUGGUCCAAGCAUCGAAUAGAUAAAGAACAUCCUGAUGGAACAAAUACUGGUAGUCUAAUCAUCAAGGCAAUGCAUGUUAUUACUAAAUGUUAUAAAGAAAAACUAACAAGAGAUUUGGUUGAAUUUAUUAUUGAGGACUGCCAACCUUUAAAUAUUUUACUAACCUUAACUAAUAGCGAAUGGCAAUUGUUAGAUGAACUUAUCUACUUACUAAAACCAUUCUACGAAGCUACUACUAUAUUUUCUGGUUCAAUCUAUCCUAUACUAAAUCUUAUCUAUCAUAUAAUGAUGCUACUUAUUAAGAAGUUUGCACCCUCAGAUGGGCAAACUGAUGAUGAUUAUGCCAAUUUAUUAUUCAGAUUCAGAGAACAAAUAAAUGACCAAAGUCAGUUAAUUACUGAUAAUAAAAAUUCCGAUGAAUCUGAUGCAAAUUAUAAUAAAAUGCUAGUGAUUUCAGAAAAGCUUCGACAACCAUUACAUGCAUCACGAAGACAAAAAAAAAAAAAUUAUAAAAAAGUUCAAAAGAAACAAUAUAAUGAUCCAUGGUUUAAAGGUCAUUAUUCAAUAGAGCCACUUGUUGUUACUGAAAAGUUAAGUGACUUGGUCAAGGCAGUAUGUUAUCUUUCUCUCCAAGAGUAUUGGGAUGUUUUAAAAGAAACUGGACUUAUUGCAUUAUUUUUAGACCCAAGAAUAAAAAAUUUAAAAUUUAUUGACGAUGAAAAUAUAAAGCUAAUCACAAUUAGCAUGGUACGAAGGCUUUGUAUUGAGGAAGAGCACCGCCGACCUUUGGUUAAGGAAAUUUUAAAAAUUUAUGGAUUUGCGAAAUCAUCUAGCAUAUCAAUUUCUAAUUCUACAAUGGUUAAUGAUUUAAUUUCAGACUUAUAUGAUAAUAAAAAAUCAAAUAGUGCUUAUAAAAAGACUGAGGUUGAUCGCUAUCUUAAUGAGCUGAAAUAUUUAUUAAUACCAGCUAUAUCGGUUCCUUCUGAAUGUUUGUUUUCCGAUGCAGGGCAACAUAUAACAGCAUUACAUAAUAGGCUUCAGCCUGAUAUGGUCGAACAAAUGUUGCUCCUCAAGCGUAAUAUGGAGCACUUUUCAAUUUUUAGCCUGGAUGAAUUAUAA